AUGGAUCGUCUUCGGUUUCACCAAACUAUUCUUCACCCACAACCCUUUUCACUAUUUCCCAAUAAAACCCUUAAGCCACAGCAGCCCUACUCGGAAUCUCCAUUAUCAAGCCGAUCGGAAUCAUCUCUUGCAGAGGAUAAUAUCUCAGCCUCUAUUUCACCAUUAACUCCAUCGGAAGAGGAAGAAGAAGGAGAAGAAGAAAAAGUGGAUAAAAGGGCUGGAAGAGGGAGUGUUAGCUCCAGAAGCCGUUCACAUUCUUCAUCUCCAUCAGCUCAAAAGAAUCAAAGGAAUCACAUUCACAGGCACUCAAGUACUUCAUGUGCACAAGGGGGUAAACUAAAGAAAUCCACGAAUUGUAAGAGCUUGAAAGAGUUGGAACUGGAAGAAGUAAAAGGGUUCAUGGAUCUGGGUUUCAUAUUCAAGAAAGAACAUUUAGAUUCAAGAAUGAUUAACGUCGUCCCAGGCUUGCUCAGGCUCGAAUUUUUUGAAACCGAAUCGAAUCUCGCUGCCGAUGAACUGCGUAACGAUGAUAUUAUGAGACCGUAUUUAUCAGAGGCUUGGCUGAUUAAAAGACCCGAUUCACCAUUGCUCAAUCUGAAACUACCAAGGGUGACUGCAGCUGCUGAUAUGAAGAAACAUCUCAAGUGUUGGGCUCAAACUGUUGCGUACGUAGUACAGCAACAAUGCCAAGAGUAA